GAGAGACCCAGCAGCACGCCCAGCACCAAGUCCGCCCUCGUCCUCAGCAUCCAACAUGGGCCGCGUUCGCACGAAGACCACCAAGAGGGCCUCCCGAGUGCUCAUCGAGAAGUACUACCCCCGGCUCACGCUUGACUUCCACACGAACAAGCGUAUCAUCGAUGAAGUUGCUGUCGUGCCCUCGAAGCGCCUCCGCAACAAGAUCGCUGGCUUCACGACGCAUUUGAUGAAGCGCAUCCAGAAGGGCCCCGUCCGCGGCAUCUCCUUCAAGCUCCAGGAGGAGGAGCGUGAGCGCAAGGACAACUACGUCCCCGAGGUCUCCGCCCUCGACACCUCCGUCAACGGCCUCGAGGUCGACCCUGACACCAAGGACCUCCUUCACGCCCUCAACUUCGACUCCGUCUCCGUCAACGUGGUCGUCCCCGUCAUUGCCGCCCCCGAGCGCGGCCCUCGGCGAGACCGCCGCAACGUCCCCGGUGCCGGGCGGUAAGGCUCGUCCACCCGUCCUCCACUGCAUACGCACGCAUAUCGAGGCGCCCGGCGUCGUCACGGGCGUCCGACAAAACCUCUCGCAGUGUACUCCAUGUCCGUCGUGUUAUGUCGUCUCUGUUUCUAUGCUUCUGCUGUAUGCUACCUCCAUUGCAACACGCAGCAUAUGGCCUCUGUGUAAAA